AUGUAUCUGCACGAUCCACACGCGUCGACUUAUCAUCCUGGUCAUCUCCUUCCUCGCCCACCAGGCGUUGUAGCAGCAAACGUGGUUCCAGGAUCAUCAUUUAUGGGAGCAGCAUCCAUUCCUGUUGAGGCAACCCAUGGUGUUUCCGCACGCGCAGUUGGAGCACACGGCGAGGCUCUAGGAGCACCAAUCCCCGCUUCAGAACGCCAGCCGCAGCAGCAGCCAGCAGCCUAUGAUCCAGCUCUCUUUUCCCCUGCGGGCGCAUUUCCUGCCGCGUUUCAGCCUAGAGGUCUGGCCGUUUCAUCUGCAGCAGCUGCUGGCAUGCGGCCCAUGGUCGGAGUGGGAUCAGGCGCUGGUGGUGGUGGUGCUGCUGCCUCUGUUAAUGCUACCACAGCUGUUUUUCAACUGCCCAAUUUCCAGCUCCCCGGUUUUCAGCUGCCCGGAAGGCCUCGCCCGCCGCCACCUGUCAUCACGCACACGUGGUCGGGGCAAACGUUGCCGCAGCCUGCUGCCUCGGCCUGCUCCCCUGCUGCCACUGCUGGUAUUCCGAUGCGCUUUGUUCAGACUGCUGCACCUGACAUUGGUUCGUUUGAGGAUGAUGCAGUAUCUGCAUCUUCGUCAUUUCCGUACCCUGGAGAUGUAGGGUUUGGCGGGAACACUAUUGUUACUGCCAGUGGUGGUGGCGCGGCUUCAGGGCGUGGCGGCAGCGUUGGAGCAGUAGCAGCAGCAGCAGCGGCAGCAACAGCAGCAGCAACAGCAACAACAGCUGAUGCUGGAGUUGCAUUUGCAAGUUGUGGUGGUGCAAUGGAGAUGGAUUCUCACCAUGCUGGCGAUGCUGACAGCUGUGACGAUUCAGACUCUGCUGCACCUGCGAGGGCAAGUGGGCAGCACAGCACAAGCCAAGAUGGGUCAGACACGUAG